AGGAAGUUAACUCCCGGCACAACCACCAGAAUAGAUCCCAAAGACAGAACGAACCAACAUUCAGACGGUUCCGUUCUUCCGAGGCGAGCAGAGGUUUCUUUUCGCUUGUUGCUUUUGCUUGACAGAAACGUGCGCGUGGUAUAUCUUAACAUAAAUAAAUAGAUAUCAGUAGUACUCGUGUCAAGUAAAUAAACAUUUACUUUUGGUUCUUGUUCAAAAGCUACAAGGAAUAGCGGAACGCAGUAUAAUUUUGCAAAAAGUUUUUUUAUUUUUAGAAGUGAAUGAUAAUUUUUAAGUGCGGUGAUCUAUUAAAACUGUUGUGGAGAUACUGAUACACGUCGUUGUUUUAAAAUUUAAGUGAACGUGGUAUCAAUACUCUUGAUAAUUGUAAAACUUUAGUGCAUUGACAAUCAUUAUCAAUACACGCCAAUAAAACUGCAAUUAUAUUUAAAUUAAUAGAGUCGAGUGUCAUGUUCGCGGGAACAGUGUCUAUCGGUUACACACCCGGAGUGUACAUAAGUGACCAAGUCGUGAUCGUGAUCUCGUGUUGACGGUACUGAAGACAUGUGUUUUUGCUGAUAUCAAUUAUUAACUUUGAUAAUUAUAACACUUUUUUAAAAUAUACUUUAUGAGUUAACGGUUGUUGUGUGUUGAAUAUCAGGAACUAUAUUUUUGAAUAUAGUCAUAAAGAAUAGAGGCCUUUUAGUGAAGGCAUAAGUUAUUUUAUCGGGAUUCGUUUGUAACACGUGUGUUAAUAAUAAAAAUCCGGCAAACUGUACGGACACAGAGAAGAGGAUAUGUUGACCAUGGACGCGGAUUUGAAAGGCGGCAGCCUGCACGGCCAAAUGCCGCCGCAUCCACACCAAGGAGUAUCACCGAUGAGCCAUCACACCAGCGUGUCACCUUAUGGUGCCCUCGGGUCUAUAGUUCAUAGCCCGGCCCUCUCCUCUGGUAGUCCUCCCAAUUCCAGUGGACUAAGUGCCCUGAGUUUGCAGCACCACCAUCAUCAUCAGCAGCAGCAUUUUGCGUCAAUGCAAGCUAUUCAACAACAGCAACAGCAGCAGACGAUGCACUCGCUUGCUCAGCAGCACUCGCAUCAGCAGUCCCAGCAGCAAUCAGCCCAACCUAACACCCAGCAGUCGCAACAUCAGUCCACGAAUAACAACAACAGCAACAGUAAAAACAACAAUGUUGACCGUGUGAAGCGACCGAUGAACGCUUUCAUGGUGUGGUCCCGCGGUCAGCGGCGCAAGAUGGCUCAGGAGAACCCAAAAAUGCACAACUCUGAAAUAUCAAAACGAUUGGGAGCCGAGUGGAAGAUGCUAAGUGAGGCUGACAAGCGACCAUUCAUCGACGAAGCCAAGAGAUUGAGAGCCGUGCAUAUGAAGGAGCACCCGGAUUACAAAUACCGACCACGGAGGAAGACAAAGACCCUUCUGAAGAAGGACAAGUUCCCGCUUGGUGGUGGUGUCCCGGUUGGCAGCAUGCUUGGUGUUGAUCAGAGACAAGUUAAUCCGCCUAACGUACCUCAGCAGACCCAGUUACCUCGUGAUAUCUACCAAAUGCCAGGCGGAUACGUAACCAACGGGUACAUGAUGCACGAUCCGACGGCCGCUUAUCAACAGCACGCUGGGUACGGCGGACACUUGACUGGAUACCCGCGCUACGACAUGGGACACAUGGGUGGCGGAAACUCGAGCCCGCUCAACAGCUACGUCAACGGAUACGGCAGCUACGGAGCCGGCACAAUACCUGCUGGUUCACCCUCACCUUAUCACUCAGCCCAACCGGGCUCCCAGAUGUCCAGCCACAGUCCCAGCGGCAGUAGUAUCAAGUCCGAGCCCACGAGUCCCGCGAGUGGCGGAAUCCACACUCCAACGCCGAUCGUCAGCUCGUCCUCGUCGGCCUCCAACGUUAAGAGAGAGUACAUGGGCCAGCAGCCGAGUCAACAGCCCCAGGGCGACAUCAGGCAGAUGAUCAACAUGUAUCUGCCCCAAAACGGCGAGCAGGGGAUCCCUCAGCACAACUCCGGCGUCGUCUUCUCUCCCGGACCUGGACCAUCACCCGAUCCCCUGGUUCAACAUCAUCCAGGCAUGCCAGUGUCACUCAACCACCACCACAUAUGGAGAAGCAUAAACGUGUAGGCCGAAAACGACGUUUUCCUUCAUACUCUGUGAUAGAAACGAAAUCAAAGCGCGCUAUGCGUGACCAACUAUCGGGGAAACAAUAUUAUUAAAAAUAUCGCCGUAUUGUUUAUAGGCUAAUAUAUAUAUAUAUAUAUAUAUAUAUAUAUAUAUUUACAUGUAUAUGUACAUCCAUAUAUAUAUACAUAUAUUUAUAAUUCUAAUAAUAACAAUUAUUUAGAAUAUUAUUACGAUAACGAUACAUAAAAUCGUGGGCUGCACGAUAAUAAGAUUAAAUGAUAAAAAUAUCACUGUAAAUACUAUUUAUAGAUGUAUUGAUAUAUAUUAAUGUCUCUAUAAGAUUUAAUUGUACAUAGUAUAGAGAAAUACCUUUAUCUUGCUCUAAUAAUAAACAGUAAAAUUAUAUACAGACAUAUAAUUUUGUUAUAUAUAUAUAUAUAUAUAUAUAAAUAUAUAUAUAUAUAUAUAUAUAUAUAUAUAUAUAUAUAUAUAUGUAUUAAUAUAAAUGCCGACAUCUAAAAAAGGGUAAGAGCGAGAGAGAAAGAGAGUGAUAGAUAUUAUUAUAAGAUAUAUAAAGCAUUUAGUAUGAUCUAAUGAUCUAAUUAGGAAGUUGAAUAAUUCGAGUCUACUUCCAUCUGCCGAAUAAAUUCAUUGGAAUAAUAUUUGAGCUGACAGAUAACAAUAUUAUCAAUAUCUAAAAAUAUAAGUCAGGGUAAAUUAAAAUGUUUUGCGCAAGUGUUUGCAUUCGUAAUCUAAAUUAUUGCAAUAGCUUUUUAUAUUUUAAGUUUUCUGUACAACACUACAGGAAACUUUUGAAUAAUUUGAGAUUGAGCACGAGUUAUACACAUAUAUACAUACGAAUAUAUAUGUGUAGAGUAAAACACUUGGGCAGACUAAUUAGAUUUUCGGUGGAAAAAUGACGUAAAUAUUUACACUAAAUGGGAAAAAGGUGGUAUGAUUAACUAUUAUUUACCGAUUAUAUAUAUAACAUAUAUAUAUAUAUACUUAAAUAAUUAUGAACACUAUUAUUAUGAUAACUAAUAUGAUUUUAUUUUUCAAUAUCAUUAUUUACAUAUUAUGUUACAGUUAUAACAGCAGUAGAUUCUACAUCUUAAAUAAUUCCAGUUUUGGUUUCCCCCACUCAUACUAAUUAUCAUCAUUUUAAUUAAAGUGUUAUUA